GCCAUCGUAAUGACCACCUCUUGCUCAUGUUACACCAGUGAAAAACAAUGAAGGGCACCAUCUCGACCGUAACGUCUGCUCACAUCGAGCUACAAAAACAGCUCGCGCAACUACGAGAGAUAUGCACAUCGAUUUCGACCUACCAGCCCAUUGUGCUCAAGCCACCAAUCAUAGACUCUACGCGAGAUGCAUUAGAUCAAGGAAGGCGACAUGAAGACUUGCCUGGUUUGCGUGCUUUUGCCGAGUCUGUGAAGCGCGAUAUGGACGUGAUACAGAAGUAUCUUGUGGACCCCCAAUCCUUCGAACACUCUCCUCCAUCAACUAACUCGCCAUAUCUAGUCGCCGUUUGGAAGGAAGUGCUGACUGCGCCUCCACCCGUCAUUGGGAUCGGGCUGACUUACAACGUCGACAAAAAAGAUAAUGAGAGUGUGAAGGUGACCAGAUCAACGAAACGCAUGCCUACUGAGUUGUACACGAAAGUGAAAGUGGAUGUUGUGGCCGACAAUGGCCGGUCUUUGAUCAGGAUCAACACGAUAAAAAACUCGCGGCUCCUGGCAGAGUUUCGUGAGAUAGACUCUUACGACACAGAGUCUGACAGCGACAGCGACACUGGCAAUUUAGACGCGUCCCUACACACCACAAACUGGCUCACGCUUGCGCAGACCGAGCUCGAUAACUCCAUCCUGCGCAUGGCCCGCGUGCUCCUCGCUGCAGCUUCCAACAAUUCUAUAGGCCACUCAUUCUCCAACUCUAGCCCAGGCACUACCGACCCCGAUGACAUCCCCAAUCUCCCAAAAAUCAUCCUUUGUCUCCCGCGUCUCGACCCUUCCCCCAAAGAUUCCACGUUGUACGACCCUCGCAUUGGCCAAACUAUACGAAGGCUGCAAGAUCUCGGCAUCGAAGUCCGCCUCGGAGAUGAUGCUUCCUCUCACAACCUGUCUCCCCAUGUCUGGCCCGUAUCCCCAUAUCCACUUCACCUGUGUCCUACUGCGAAGGUAAACCUAGACCUGUCUGUGCUCAUCGCGCUUGUGUCGGACCUCACGCACGCCCAGCUCCCAGCGUCAAGCGAGGAGGCUAGGGAUCGGUUCAUACUACCCACCUCUGUUUACCCGCGGAAACGCGAGCGAAAAUCUACUAAUAUUAGCUCACGGAGGACCGUAGAAGGCAGUGUUCAAGUUGAAAGACAUGGAGAUCCGGAUAGUGUGGCCGUUGACGCAGAUGCAGACGGUGCAAACCAGCACUGGCGCCAGCUAGUCGAUCAGCAGCGUCUCGAGAUGGCACAUGAGUUACUUGACGAGAUGCGCACUCGUCUGAUUGCGUUCCGAGCUCCUUCCGAGUCUAACGGCAACGGCAACGAUGCUGAAGGCACAUUGUCCGGUGUUGAAUUCUGGACGACGGCUGAGGCGCGUGAUCGUUUCCUGGAUAUCGUCACGAAGAUAGGUGGGCCGAACGAACGGCGGCGUGGGCGCGCUCUCUUCACUGAAUCCGACUCUAGCCCUACCCCCACUGAAUUAUCAGACAUGCGGGGCGCCUUCUGGCGCGGGUCACGCUACGCCCUAGACUUUCUGCCUCUACACCCAAUCCAUAUUUUUCCUACGAAUUCUUCUUCUCUCAUCAAGGAGCGCAGCAGCAAGGCUGAGGCCCACCCAUUCUUCUCAGCACUACAGCGCACGUGUCGCCACCUGCUCGCAAACUCGGGGUCGAAUUCUGGUAGCUCUCCCGACUCAGGCAUCCAAUGUCCGCUUAAUAAAAGCAAUGCUGGUACUGUCAUAGGCCAUGAGAUUGACAAAACGGAGAUUCCUCCCCCGCGCGCGCUCCGGGGGAAUGGGCGUCUCACUGCGCACACCACAUAUAGCUUGCUGUUAGGCGCCGUACAUGGGUACACGACGCUGACAGCGAAUCGCGCAAGUGCGCGCUCCAUAGUCAAGGUCAUCGAAGAGCUUGAGGUCAAGGAUAGGUCAUGGUACUGGAAUAUGUGUGGGACUGGAAAUACAAGGGUAACCAGAGAAGGACUGGAGGGCGUGCCGGAAUGUACAGGGGAGGCGAAGGCGGCGAUGUGGGUUGUUGAGCCGAGGAGUCUCGCGGAGGCGAUGCGGGCAGAUUUCAAUGGUCGAACCCUUGAUUCCUGAUGUCAUGAUGUGCCGAUACGGGUCUUCACACGCACUCGUCCUCAUCUGAUCUGCACAUCCUCGAUGGAAUAAGAGUGUACAAUGGAAAUCAUGUGCCGCCAC